AAUCAACCAGUACGGUAUACAGAGCAGUUCGACAAGUGCUUGCACAUGCUAGAUGUAUAUCGGAGGAGCUUGCUUGGGAUAGAACCACAGCCCGAAAAAAAGAAGAAACGGUACCACAUCAACCGUGGUGGAGAUGAGAUCAUCCGCUCAGCCACGGAGCUCACAGAAGCCGGCAUCCGUUUUGAGAAGAGCAAAACAAGAAGCCUAAGAGACAUCUCGUUCCAUGGUGGAGUGCUCAAGCUUCCUCUCAUAAUAGUAGAUGAUUUACUCGAAUCGUUAUACCUUAACCUGAUUGCAUUCGAACGGUUCCAUGUCGGGGCAGGGAACGACAUCACCUCCUACAUCUUCUUUAUGGACAACAUAAUCGACAGUGCCCGGGACGUGAGCCUGCUGCAUUCAUGCCGCAUCAUACAGAACGCACUGGGCAGCGACAAAAUGGUAGCCAACUUAUUCAACUCCCUGUCCAGGGACAUCGCCCUGGAUCCUGAAAGCGGACUCAACGAGGUUCAUCAGCUUGUCAGUGAUUAUUGCCAGAAGACAUGGCAUCAGUGGAGAGCUAAUCUCAAGCACACCUACUUCACUAAUCCAUGGGCCUCUCUCUCUGUCAUUGCAGCAGUUUUCCUCUUCGCGCUCACCAUUAUCCAGACAGUCUGCAGUAUCUUAUCAUUAUUGGAUUUCUUGGGUUGUCCGUUUGUGUUUUAUUCUAUUGUAACUUGGGUUAUGCAUACGUUCCUGUUUGUUAAUUUGCGUUUUUGUCAGGGAAGGAUGAUCACCGAGUCCAAUUUUUGAGGCUAAGUCAAUCCAACUCGUCUAUCGCUCAUUUAAAUCUGAUCCCACGACAAACUUACAACCAUCUGCUGUAAUU